AUGAGACGCUUCUGCACUACCGUUUUUGUGUUAGUCCUUAUCCACACUACUUUAUGUAAUGUGGUGUCGGUCGCGAAGGAUACUUCCUUGGUAGGUGACGAAGGAGAUGUAGCAGUGCCUGUAGAGAAUGUUCAAAGUUUAGCGAAUGAAGUGAAGGCAACAGAUGAGUCGACGUGUGCUAAAGUGGGAGAGUUUUGUAUGGGCCCCGAGGGGUGUUGCAGCAAAGCCUGUUUGGGUUUUUUGAAAAGGUGCGUCUCGGGCCGAAAAGGAGACAUCGAUGAGGAAUGA